AUGCAGGUCAUCACUGUUGUUGUGCGUGUAUUCCAGAUUAUCUUUGCCACUAUUGUCCUCGGGUUGUCCGUGACGCUCGCAAAGGGUCAAGCCAUUGGCUCCGCGCCCGCCAUAACAGGAUACGCUGGAUUCACAGGAGCCCUGGGGAUUGUGGCUUCACUAGUUGGCAUCGCUGCUUUAUUUGUGUCUUCCCUGGACGGCCUAAUCACUUGGAUCUUGGAUGGGCUGGCCAGCCUUGCUUUCCUGGCUGGUGGGAUUGCCUUCGCAGUCAUCCUCAAGGGAACCAACUGUGAAGACAAGUAUACCAUCUGGAACAACCAGAUCCUCAGUGGCGGCUGCGUCACUGUCAAAGACGAACAGAGAUGCUACAACAAUGACCAUCCAAAUAAUCUCAAGAGCCGAUGUACCUCCGCCAAGGCAGACUCAGCCUUUAUGUUUAUCGACUUUGCGUUCUCUUUGGCGGUCAUCGGGUGUUCAUUUUUUCUCUCUGGACGAAGAGGAGUGGGUAGAUCGAAUGUGGUUUAA